GUUGUAGUCUUGUGUCUUUGUGGUUGCUGCUCACGCACUGCCGGGUCUGCGCUCAAGCCACGGCGUCAAUGCCACACGCGCCGUUAACGCCUCAACUCUGGUGCAUCUGUCCCAGCCAAUAGUGCCUUGCCUGGCCGUGAGGAUUGUGUGUGCUGGUUCGACUGCGUCUCAAGACGAGGUUCGGCGAAAGUGACGUUGUUUGUUGUUCCUGCUGGAAACAGUCAACACAGCGGGGUGACACCUGUUGCUGUUGGAGAACUCACCCGGAGCUUGUCAUGUCGGCUAGCUGGAGCCAUGCGAAGAGCCGACUUGUGUUUGGCUCGGGCUUCAGAAAGAUUCUCGUGGUGGUGAAGCACAGCGCUUACGAGUCAUACAAAGCGCUCAAAGCGCAGGGGAAGGCUCCGACGGCGGUGAGGUGGGAGAGGCUCAAGAACCGCCACGACAUCCACCGCGAGUGCGUCGCCUCGGUGGAGAGGGUGCUGACCAGGCACAAGUCGGAAUAUGCCCUGGUCGGGAGGGAGGAGCUAGAUCGACAGCACAUAUCGAAGGUAGACUUGGUGAUUUCCGUGGGCGGGGACGGGACGGUUUUGUCGGCGAGCCACUUCCUCGGAAACAACAUCCCGCUGGUGGGCGUCAACAGCGAUCCCAACAGGGCGGAGGAGAUCAUGAACACCACCAAGAAGACCGACGAGAGAAGGAGCUUCGGAGCGCUGUGCAUGUGCACCGCUCUCGACGUUGAGGAGAUGCUGCCUAAGGUCUUGCUGAGAGAAAUGGAGCCGCAACGGCGAACACGACUGGAAACAUCCAUAAAGAGCACGUUCACGGAGACCAAGCUGCCGCCGACUCUCAACGAUUUGUUGUUAGCGAACCCUAAUCCAGCGGCUGUCAGCCGAUUCCGAUUGGGCUUGGUCCCUGCGGAAGGCGCAUCCGCCCGCGAGUGGUUCAACGUUUGGUCGUCGGGUAUGUGGGUGUGUACAGCGACGGGGUCGACGGCGGCGAUGAAGGCAGCAGGGGGGCAACCCAUGGCACCAGACUCGUCAGACAUGCAGUACAUGGUGCGGGAGCACAUGGUGGAAGCCCACAUGGAGCACCUGCGUUCGAAGGGGCAGGGUAUCGUUCCUCAGGGUUCGAAGAUAGAGAUUCGCUGGAACUCCAAGGAUGGGUUCGUUUACAUCGACGGGGAGCACUCGGUGCACUCGGUGCAGCUAGGAGACGAGCUGCAAAUGUCAGCGAAUGCACCCCCCCUGUACCUUUACGCCCAGGAGCCACCACCUGUAGGACCAGACAAGCCAAUCUCUGCACCUUGGCGGCAUUUGUGACGGGAGUUGCUUCUUAUCCCAUGUGGUUUUUGUCGGAGCUGCGAGAUGACGACGGUGGAGUCGAUGGCAGCGCUGGGCAAGCUCCAACUGCUUCUUUUACCUCACGGAGCUGUUGCAAUGCUGCAGUCCCGGCUCUCACUGGAGGGCCUGGCGUCUGGAUUGGUCGGGUUGGAUGUCUUGUUUCACGCCUCGGAAAUGUCGUCUUGCUGCACGCUCGUUGCCGAGGCGAGCAGCACGUUACUGGUAGUUCGCCAGUUUGUAAGAUUCUCAUCCCCGACCUCCUGCUGCAUGUGUUCCAGGCAGCUCGUGAAGUGUUGAUGGGCCGCCCAAAUCUUGCGCGACUUGUCGUGUCGGAGUUGCGAGUGGGACGGCCGCGCACCAAUGUAGAGGACGAUGAUUUUUAGUAUUGACGAACAGCCGCUGAAAAUGCGGCGAAUUCAUAUCGUAGCAAGACAACGCGGGCUGACUAUCGCUACGAGGGUGGUUGUCGCCGUUGCUCACCGUGUUAGAUAUGGCUGUUGAGGGUUGGCUGAACCGCGUUGUCGAACACACCUGACCUCGCAUGACUGAGAGUAGUUCCAUGUCUCCAAUCUGGGUUUAGUUUGGCGUACUCUUCUUGAAAGCUCCCUGCUGUAGCGGAAAGUUGUUCUCGCUGAGCUUCGCCAAUCUCAAUGCUUUGGUGGCGAAUUUUUUUGUCAAGUCUUCCUUGGGCGUCGUUCAUCUUCGUGGGUGGCCGGGGUGUACUUUGGCUCGUUUAAUUAACGUCAAAGGGGUGUUGCCGUGUGUUGGAGGCAAAAGCCAAGUAAAAUAUGAGCUUCAAUAGAUAGGUCGGGGGCGAAACGAUAACAUGUCUUUGGUGCCUUGCACAUCGCUCCGGAAGGCCUCCUACGUACAUACUGGUGCGAGAUUUGUUUCCCAUCUCUCAAACGUUGGUAAGUCGUGUUGUGCUUCGCGCGAGGCACGCGAUGGUUGAGCUUGGUUACGGUAUUAUCGUAAUAUCCUCUGUGCUACCCCCAAACGCGAAUCGCCUCAAGCGUGGAGAAAGCGUAGCCGUACUAGCGUCGGGAUUAUACAAUAACAAAUUUAUGUAUUCGGACUGUGCUGAAAAUGUCCUUCGGGGUGGGGCGAUAUCUGUUUGCCAAUCUUCGCGAUCUCCGCCGGGGCAAACACAACAAUCGUUGCUCUUGUUUGUUGCAAGCUCCCCCAGCUCCUUCUAUCCGUUCUACUAACUAUUCUGGAAUGCUUGCUCAUAUACGUAUUUUGACUCGACGUCGAAGCAGCAGCGUGUGUUUGUAUUUGAGCUGUGUCUCUCUGAUUUUGAUAGCACCGCGCAGGGGAAUUUUUUCCACGGGUCGUUCCUGUUGUCAAAGAUCCUCCCUUGUCUCUUGUUGAUUAGCCCGGGGAUGAUUUUUUUUCCCAACACUUUACGAUUGCUCCUCCGGGGGGUAUAGCGGUACGCUGUAGAGGAAAAUGGGCGGGUCUUGCCUGUUAUCGUUGAGGACAGCUUCUACCGAGAAUGCACCGGAAGGCUGUGCCCACCUGCAGCACAGAUGAGGUUUGUUGAGGGAUGGUGUAGUCUUGUGCCCAAUGCGGGAUUGCAGUAAACGACACCGGGAGUGGAAAGUCGUCCUUGCCUCCUGUGAGAGUUGGGGUGAGCACACGUAACCUCCUCGUGUAUUGAUGUCGAAAGAAAUCGGCAGAGGUCGAGCACACCAGUUUGAAACAAGAGCAUAAGCACGUGCUGA